CUGAUCAGAGGUCCCUCUCUCCCUUUCUCCCUUUUUCUUCUCUUCUUUCCUCUCAAUUGAGACACACCAUUACCAAGCUGUCCCUUCGGAGUCUUUUUCCCAAUUCGAGGCAGGGUGAAUUGGAAUGCAUCUUCCAUUGAGGCAUUUCAUAGCCAUGCUUUUCUCCAACCUAAAAUGAACCAAAAGAUCUAUUCAAGAUGGCUCACCACCAUUAUCAACAACCUGAGCCACAUGACAACCCAAAGUUCCUUCUCGAUGCACUGUACUGUUCAGAAGAACAUUGGGAGGAACAAGUAGAAGUAGUCGAAGAUGAAUUAGAGGAUGAGUACUGUUGUGAUUCCCUUAGCACCAAUACUAGUACUAGCACAAUAAUAAACUCUCCUCCUUUGUUUCUAGAAAAGGACAUGUUCUGGGACGAUGAAGAGCUAACAUCAUUGCUUGCCAAAGAACAACAAAAUCCACUUUGCACCUUCCUCCAAAUCAAUCCUGUUUUGGAGGUUGCUCGCAGAGAAGCCGUGGAGUGGAUGCUGAAAGUGAAUGCCCACUACUCCUUCUCUGCUCUCACCGCUGUUCUUGCUGUUGAUUACCUCGACAGGUUCCUCUUCAGCUUCAGGUUUCAGAAUGGGAAGCCAUGGAUGACUCAACUUACUGCUGUCGCUUGCCUCUCUCUCGCUGCAAAGGUGGAGGAGACCCAAGUUCCCCUUUUACUAGACCUACAAGUGGAGGAUAGUAGAUACUUGUUUGAAGCCAAAACGAUUAAAAAGAUGGAGAUUUUGGUCCUUUCAACUCUUGGAUGGAAGAUGAAUCCAGCAACCCCUGUCUCGUUUCUUGAUUUUAUUACAAGAAGACUUGGAUCGAAAUAUCAUCUCUGCUUGGAGUUCCUCAGGAGGUGUAAUGGUGUUCUUCUCUCUGUCAUUGCAGAUUCCAGGUUUAUGUGUUAUUUACCUUCUGUGUUGGCAAAUGCUACAAUGAUGCACGUUGUCAAUUGCGUGGAGCCUCGUCUCGGAGUUGCAUACCAAAGCCAGCUUCUUGGUAUUGUUGGAAUCAACAAGGAGAAGGUGGAAGAGUGUUGCAAGCUUAUGUUGGAACUGGGGUCAGGGUGCGACCAGGGGAAGCAAUGCAUGAAACGCAAGUUUGGGUCCAUCCCUGGAAGCCCAAAUGGCGUCAUGGAUGUGUCUUUUAGCUGUGAUAGCUCCAAUGACUCAUGGGGGGUUGCUACUUCUGUGUCAUCCUCACCGGAACCGUUGUCCAAGAAGACUAGGACUCAAGACCAGCUUCUACUAAACUGUUCCAAACCAGAUUUUCUCAGCAUUCCUCGCUAGCUAGUCUUGCCUUUAAUUUCAACAAAUUUCCUCUCUUAUUUACCUCUCAUCUCUUGUGGAAAACAUAUAUAGCCUUUCUAUGCUUUAAUAAUCACUUAUCUUUUUCUCUUUCUGACGAGCAAGUUAAAUUGCCAACCAUCUCUGCGUAAAGCUAGUUGCCUACUUCCAAUUACCAGUCAUUGGUAAUGAUAGAUCUUCCACUAAAUCAGAGAUGGGUGCAUAGGGUUGGCUGCAGAGAUUGUUGGCAUUUUAU